GAGCAGGUCAGUGUUCUGUAUCAGAACAUACACAUAGCAGAACCAAGAUUAAUUCAGCCAUAUGAGCAUGUCAUUAAAAACUUCAUCCAAGAGAUAAAACUUCAAAGCUUAGAGAUGGAAACUCUGGCCAUAGCAGUAAAAAGAGCUCAGGACAAGGCUGCAGUCCAACUCAGUGAGUUAGAGGAAGAGAUGGAACUACGGAUACAAGCUGCAGAGCAUAAAGUUAAAAAGGAAGAGAAGCAAAAAGCCGAAGAAGCACUAAAUGAGCUGAAGCGCCAGUAUGACAUUGAAGUUGGGGACCUUCAGGUGACAAUAAAAAAACUUAAAAAGCUGGAGGAGCAAUCCAAAUAUGUCAGUCACAGGGAAGAUGUAGUUGAACUGAAAAAAAGAAUACAUGAUAUGUUGCUGGAAAAUCAGAGGCUUAAGAAAGACCUCCUAGAAGCACAGACAAAUAUAGCUUUUCUACAGAGUGAAUUAGAUACCUUGAAAAGCGAGUAUGUAGAUCAGUCUUUGAACUCUGAGAGGGAUCUAGAAAUUAUCCGAGAGUAUACUGAAGACAGAGAUAAUCUGGAAAGACAAAUUGAAAUACUUCAAUCAGCUAAUAGAAAAUUACAUGACAGCAACGAUGGUUUAAGAAGUGCACUUGAAAACAGUUUCAGCAAGUACAACAGAUCAUUGCGGUUAGCAAAUACCUCACCAGGAAGUACCAUUUCUAGAAGUAGUCCGAAAUUUAAUGGUGAACAUUCUCCUUUGAACCCACGGUAUGACAGGUCGUCUCAUUCGUCUUGUGUCGAUGAAGAUUAUGAUUCUUUGGCCCUUUGUGAUCCGAUGCAAAGGAUAAACUGUGAAGUUGAUAGCUUACCUGAGAGCUGUUUUGACAGCGGCUUGUCUACCCUGAGAGAUUCAAAUGAGUAUGAUUCCGAAGUGGAAUAUAGGCAUCAAAGGAUUUUUCAAAGGUCACAGUGUAUGCAAGAAGGCUUUGGUGGUGAUGCUUCUGAUACAGAUGUUCCAGAGAUCAGGGAUGAAGAAGCAUACAGUCCUGCUAACAGCGCUGCAGUUUUAGACUGGAAGCCCUCACGACCAGUAAGUCGGAGCAGCUCAGUUGCUUCAGUGAGGAAACACAUAUCUGCUCUCACCCCUCAGUCAGAUUCAACUGAAUUCACUCCAAAAUACCCCAGUUCAGAGAAGGCUUACAAGAUUGUUCUUGCUGGAGAUGCAGCAGUGGGAAAAUCCAGUUUUCUUAUGAGGCUUUGCAAGAAUGAAUUUCGAGGCAAUACCAGUGCAACUCUGGGUGUGGAUUUUCAAAUUAAAAGACUAAUUGUUGAUGGAGAACCUACAGUGCUACAGUUGUGGGACACAGCUGGGCAGGAGAGAUUUCGAAGUAUUGCUAAAUCAUACUUCAGAAGAGCAGAUGGUGUCUUGCUACUAUAUGAUGUAACAUGUGAAAAAAGCUUUAUUAAUGUGAGAGAAUGGUUGGAUAUGAUUGAGGAAGCAACUCAUGAGAAUAUUCCAAUUAUGAUGGUGGGAAACAAGGCUGAUCUCCGUCAAGAUGUUAUAGAGCAAGGGCAAAAGUGUGUGCCUAUAAACUAUGGAGAAAAGCUGGCUAUGACUUAUAAUGCACUAUUCUGUGAAACAAGUGCUAAAGAUGGUUCUAAUAUUGUAGAAGCAGUUCUUCAUCUUGCUCGUGAGGUGCGAAAACGAAGUGAUAAUCAAGAUGAUACAAGAUCAGUAACCAGCCUUGCUGGAACACCUGUCCAAAAGUUGGCACUCACGAAAAACUGUUGCAAUGUUUAAAUGACAGAUAAUUUUCCUUAAUUGAAUAACGUGUAUAUUUUAAGAAAACCAAGCCAACAACCAAACUGAAAUAUUUCAGUAGUGUUUUUAUUAUGGAUUUAUACAUUUGUAUAUUUAGAAGCUACAUAUAAUGUUCAAAAUCCAGACUCUACUUUCUACUUACUUAAAUUUGAGAAAUUGCUUCACCCCAUAGACUCUGGUUCCACUUUUCUUAAGUAAUAUAAUUCAGUGCAAUGAUCUCAGAAUCAAUGCUACAGUAGUCACUGCGUACAAUAUUGUAAUAUAUAUUAUUGUCUCUACUUGCAUGUUUCUUUAUGGCAUCAGUAUUUCUUAUAUACAGAACUUAUUAAUAUCCAAUAUCGCUCACAGGUAAAGAAAAAAUUUAAUCUCUUUUUGAUCAUGUUUGCUUAUCUACUUUUUGACAGCCUUAAGUAUAUGUUGAUUAAACAUUUCUUAAGAAAACUCCAAACCAUUAAGGGUUGCCUAGGUUCAAGUAAUCCCUAAGUUUAGGGGAACCAGAAUGGUCUUUGUUAGGAGAAGACAGUGGCAGGUGCAUGGUGUUCUGUUGUAAUUCCUCAAAAGUUGUCUAUUUAGAAUGCAUUUUAUUUUGAGUGUUGGGGUGUGACUAAGAACUGAGAAGUAGACUUUACAUCUGAUCCUACACAGCUCAGAGGUAAAAGAAACAUUUAUCUGGACUGUUACAGUUCAAAAUUCCAGAGAGAUUGUAACACCUGUGAUAUGCAGGAUUGCUGAAAUUAGUUAUGAUCCAGUAUCUAUCUGCCUAUUUAGGCUAGAUCAUUAUUGCUACUACAGAGUGAUAUGAGUUGUAAUUUUUUCCUUGUUUUUUUCAAAUAUCUUCAGUCAGUAAUUGAAGGAUUGUAAUAGUACAUAGGAGUCUGAUUUAAUAGAUCUUUUUAAUGCAUUUUUUAUCAGUUUUAAAUCUGCAGGUGAAAGAAUUGCUGCACAUGCAAAAGCAUUUAUAUAAAUUUUUCAUUAAAAGAGAACCCUGAAUGAACAGCAAUCACCUUAAUGAGAGUUCCUUCACCUGAUUUUAGAAAAGUUCUGAGAAACUUACCAGGCAGCUUUAGGUAUCAACAUCUCUAAACACUGAGUUAUCAUUGAAUAAAAUAGUUCCCAGGAGUUCCAUAAUGUAGUAAAAAACUAUGGGCAUUUAUACAGUUAGCGGUCAAAAUCCAGUUAUUCUUAACUCCACUGAUUUUGAAUAAAAUAGGGUAGGACCUCUUCAGAGCAAGCAAACUGUUGUCUCCUCUGUUUCCAUUAGUAAAGCAGCUCCAGGCUGAAGCCUAGUUCAGUAAAUCAAACUUGGAUAAAGUUGUAUCACCUGAUGGAAAACCCAUAUGACUAGCAGCUGUUUCCUAAGCACUUUAUCAGCACUGUGUGUGAACAUUGUAUGGCCUGUACUGUGUUAUAUCUUGUAAAAAAUGUGGGGGUCUGAGAAACAGGAUGGUUCACAAUUUACAAAUUUUCAACUAGGAAAAGUGUAAGUUUUAGGCAUCCCUUCAAACCCGUAAUCAGAGCAGCUAAUCCUGGGUUAAUUAUCAGAAAACUUCUUAACAAGAGAUAGAAAUCAAAUGCCAGAAUGAGUAAGACAUUUUAUUUCACUGUAUAAUGGUUCAGCCUUAGAAGACAAAAUAUACUUGGUGAGAGUUUUUUAAGCACUGAGACAUUCUUCCCAUGCUGCUACCUAAUUUCAUGCAGGCCAUUUCAAGGUUAUAGCAUCUUCCCACACAGCAGUACAGGAGGCCUCAAUGUUGUUCUGAGACUUAUCUGAAGCAAGUGCCAGAGAAUGCAGGACAUUCAGGUGUAUCAGGAAUAUGCCUAAUCACAUACAUACUGUUUGCUGUUAACCCUAUAUUAUUAAAAGAAAAAAAAAAAUACAGUUUCAGUUAGCUUCUUUGAGGAGAAAAGACAAAUUUAACUGACUGCAUUGGUGAGGGCCUCUUCUGUGUUCUUUGUGCGAACCCUUCCCUCUGUCAAUAUGAGUGAAAUAGAAGUAAAAUUAAUUUAGGAUGUGUUUGCAGUAGGGAGAAAAAGAUGAUACAGUGUGCUUAGUUUGUGAAGCGUGGGCUUUCAACAUGUAGGCAUUUGCAUUUUCUCAGGAUAAGAUCAUGGUUAUAAGCUUUUACAUUCCACAAUGUUUCUCCUUCAGUGGUGUUGAUUUAGAAAGCCUGGACUGGGGAUCAGUGUUCUAUGUAUGUGUCCUGAGCUACUGUGUUUGACCAUCUCUGUGGUCUUGGCCUGCAGUAAAUGAGGUGCAAUGUUUGCUUAAACAUUAUUGACACACAUGCAUGGGCAAAGUGUUUUGGCUGGAUACAGAGAAUCACAUAAAGUGAUAUGAAAGAAGGAUUUCUGUAAGUGGUUUUGUCCAACCUUCAAAGGACCCAAGCAGAGAUGGGUCUUUGCCAGCCCUAGAUUUGGGUGUCUGUGGGUUUGGGUAGCCAACCUGUGAAAAUGCCCCAAUAGAGAGGUAUUACCACCAUUCUUGGCAAUAUGUUCUCAUACUUGUCCUCUUCUGGAUAAAGAUUUCUCUUUAUGUCCAACUUCGGUUCCCCAAAUGACUACAAAUUUAUACGUUUUCCCACAUGAUGUCAUCUCCUGCUACUAGCAAGAAUUUGACUACAAUCUUGGUGACUUCCCUUUCAGUAUCUUUAGAUCUCCUUUGGCCUUCUCUCCACCAGUGUAACAACAUCAGAAGUAUCUCUUGCAAGGUAUCUCUGGGUUCCCCGUCCCAGGAUUAGCCACAUGUUUGCAUUAGAUAUGAAAGUAAUUGCUUUCAUAUCUAAUACUUUUAUCAUACAGAGGUUGCCAUGUGAAUAUCCAUGUUUGUAGAGAGGCUGGUUUAAAGGUGUGAGUUCAAGGACCUUCCUUCACAUGUUUUUUCUUCUCUGCAAGGCUGCUGAUGUUUUGGGUUUGACUUUUGUUUUUCAUUUGUUUUAAUAACCAAAACCUAUCUUAUGUUAUUUAGCUAAAUUAUGUAGCCUGAAUGAAUCAAUUUAUUAAGUUCUGUAGUUUUUUUGUGUCAUGUAAGCAACUUUAAUUUGAAACAGUGUUGUUUUCUAAAUAAGAUUCAGGGUUGAAGGCUGUUAGCUGUUAACAAACUUUUACCUUGGAGUAAAUUUAUGAUCAACGUCUAGAUGACUGAAAAAGCACUAUUAAAUGGGGAUAUAGCUAUAGCUCAGUUGGAACUCAUUUUAGGAAUGCUAUGAUGGUCAGCUCCAUUGUGUCUUGAAUGUUCACAUAAUACCAUGUUGAAUUCAUGUUAAAGCAAAAGAACUUGGAAAAAUACUUAAAUCUAGAAUGCAUAAUUUUUUCUGUUGUUUUACUUAAAAGGUUACCUUGUCUUCAACCUAAAAGGUAAAAUGGCAAACAUGAGCUUUAUGCUUUGACAUGGUUGCACUAUUGUCCUUUGAAUGUUUUUAUGGUUUUGUUUAGUACAUAAGAAAUAUUCAUUUAAUCG